AUGGAGCCAUCGGAUAGGCUAGCCUCGGACCAGAAUGUAACGCAGUUCGUUCAGUCGUUCAUUACGAAGGUAGUGCAGGAUAUCGAGGUAGCUUUUAACCCGGCGCAUACUCAAUCUCUCGACGAUGGCGCGUUUGACCUGGCAGUAGCACCCAUAAACUCGGCAGCCACCGACGGAAGCCUAGUCGAGGAUAAGGAUAUGCUAGACGUUAAGUACUGGGACGUAAACAUGCUUGCAGGCUCAGUUGCCGACCCAGCCAAGACCUUAGGCGGAGACGGAAAAGUAGUAACCGUGAAAGCCGGCGCGACUGCCGCUAUAGGGCUUCCUUCAGCCGCCGUAACCACUGUUCCCGCGGGUUCUAGCGCAAAUGGCGGCGGAAAUCCCGCGGGAGCCAUGGCGGGAGGCGGAGUGAUCAUUCCUGACGUGGAUCCGGAAAAGGAAGGGGAAUCGGAGGUGAAGAUAACGAACAAGCUGCGGCGCGAUGCGUUCCUGGUGUUCCGCGCGCUGUGCAAGCUGUCCAUGAAGGCUCCCCCUGCGGAGGGGGUGGUGGAUCCGUUCGCCGUGCGCGGCAAGGUGGUCUCGCUCGAGCUGCUGAAAAUCUGUCUCGAAAACUCCGGCGCUGUCUUUCGCACCAAUGAGAGGUUCGUGGGCGCAGUGAAGCAGUACCUGUGCCUGUCGCUGCUCAAGAACUGCACCUCCUCCCUCAUGUCCGUCUUCCAGCUCUCCUGCUCCAUCUUCUUCUCCCUCCUCACGCGCUUCCGCUCCGUCCUCAAGGCUGAAAUCGGCGUCUUCUUCCCCAUGAUCGUGCUGCGCGUGCUGGAAAACGUGGCGCAUGCCAACUUCCAGCAGAAAAUGAUCGUGCUCAGGUUCCUGGAGAGGCUCUGCGUGGACCCGCAGAUUCUGGUGGAUAUCUUUGCCAACUACGACUGCGACGUGGAGUCGACUGUCAGCAUCUUCGAACGAAUGGUGAGCGGGCUGCUCAAGACAGCGCAGGGAGUGCCGCCCGGGGCGGACUCAACGCUGAACGCGGCCCAGGACCAACAGCUGCGCCUGGCCGCCAUCAAGUGCAUGGUGGGCGUGCUGCGCUCCAUGGGCUCCUGGACCAACCGCCAGCUUUGCGUCACCGCAGGCCCCAAGGUGGCCGCGGAAAUCGGCGCUGCUGCUGCAGCGGCGGCCGCGUCGGCGGCAGCAACAGCAGCGGCGGCUGCGGCGGCAGCGGCAGGGGAAGGGCCGGCUCCUGUGGCUGUUCCGGAUCUUCUGUCUGGGGAUUUGCUUCCGGAUUUUGUGAAUCCCAGGACUGGGGUCUUGCCUGUUGCGAAAUCAGAAGAGGCUUUGGAGGAGGAGGCGCUUGGGGGGAUGCCUGCGGCUGGGGUGAGCAGUGGAAAUGAGAUUUCGGAGGCCUCGAUCCUGGAGCAGAGGCGGGCGUAUAAGCUGGAGCUGCAGGAGGGGAUAAACCUGUUCAACAAGAAGCCGAAAAAGGGGAUAGAUUUUCUGAUCAAGGCGAAGAAACUGGGGGACGGUGCGGAGGAGAUUGUUGCGUUUCUGCGCAAAACAGAGGGGUUGGAUAAGACGAUGAUUGGAGAUUUUCUAGGGGACAGAGACGACAUGAGCAUCAAGAUCAUGCAUGCCUACAUGGACUCGUACAACCUCUCUGGAAUGGACUUUGACGAGGCCAUUCGGGCGGUGCUGCUGGGGUUCAGGCUGCCAGGCGAGGCACAGAAGAUCGAUCGCAUCAUGGAGAAGUUUGCCGAGCGCUACUGCCGCUGCAACCCCAAGGCGUUCACGAGCGCCGAUACUGCCUACGUGCUCGCUUACUCUGUCAUUAUGCUCAACACGGAUGCGCAUAACCCAGGCGUGAAGACCAAGAUGAGCAAAGCCGACUUCCUGAAGAACAACCGCGGAAUCGACGACGGGAAGGACAUACCAGAGGAGUUUCUGGGCGGGCUGUACGACCGCAUCACACGGAACGAGAUCAAGAUGAAGCCGGAGAUCCUGGGGCCAGGAGGAGUAGCGUCGAAGGCUGCAGUGAGCAGUGCGGCCGGCAACGCGCUGCUGGGGCUGGAGAGCAUUCUGAACCUCAUGUCUGGGCGCACGAGGGCGACCACAGAGCUGGAGACGAGUGACGAGGUGGUGAGGCACAUGCAGGAGCAGUUCCGUGCCAAGGCGGGCAAGUCAGGAUCCGUGUUCUAUGCAGCAUCAGACGUGCAGAUCAUCCGGCCCAUGGUGGACGUGGUGUGGGCGCCCAUGCUAGCCGCGUUCUCUGUGCCCCUGGAGACCACAGAGGAGGAUGCUGUCACGGAGCAGUGCCUGGAGGGGUUCCGAUACGCCGUGCACGUCACUGCUGUUAUCGGCAUGCAGAUGCAACGCGAUGCGUUUGUGACAUCUCUGGCCAAGUUCACGUCGCUGCACUCCGCAGCAGACAUCAAGCAGAAGAACGUGGACGCCAUCAAGGUGCGUGGUGGCUUUGUCCAGUCGCUCCUGCUGGUAGCAGAGGACGAUGGCAACUAUCUGCAGGACGCAUGGGAGCACGUGCUCACGUGCUACUGUGUCCCCCUUCCCUUUUCUGUGUCCGCCCCCCAACCCCCAUUCCCCUUCUUCCAGUCGCUCCUGCUGGUAGCAGAGGACGAUGGCAACUACCUGCAGGACUCGUGGGAGCACGUGCUCACGUGUGUGUCGCGCUACGAGCACCUCCACCUCAUCGGCGAGGGCGCCCCCACCGACAGCCACUUCUUCUCCGCCGCCCCGCAGCUCCCCCCGCUCACCCAGCAGCAGCGCCCGCAGCCGCUGGAUCCUCAGGGGAAGAGGGGCGGGGGGAGGGGGGUGGCGGCGUCGGUGUAUGGGGGCGGGGGGGGGCAUGGGGUGGGGGGAGCUUCCUGGGAAGCUCAACCAGGCGAACAAGCUGGUGGGACGAGGGUCAUAAAACUCUUAACGCAUCUCAAUCUUCCUGUCUUUCCCCCCUCCCUGCCCUCUCCCCCCCGCAGCUACCGGGUAUCCGGGAAGCUGAACCAGGUGGAGAAGCUGGUGCGGCGAGGAUCUUACUGGAUGACUCAACAUUCCUUCUCGUGUUUUCACCCCCCUCUGCCUGCUGGCCUCCUCCCUCCCUGCCCUCCCCAACACCCAGAUGUGUCCGGAAAGAUGAACCAGGUGGAGAAGCUGGUGCGGCGAGGCUCAUACGACCCGCAGGGAGUGAUCACCGGAGGACCCACAGGGGUGGGCGUGGGCGUGUCCCUCUCGCACCUCUCCCCCGACCAGGUACAGCUGCUGGUGGCGAACCUCGGUCUGCUGGAGCAGGUGGGAUCGGACGAGGUCUCGCGCCUCUUCUCCCGCAGUGAGCGCCUCAACGGGCAGGCGAUCGUGGAGUUCGUGAAAGCCCUCUGCAAGGUUUCUCUUGAGGAGCUGCGCUCGCCCACGGAACCCAGGGUCUUCUCUCUGACCAAGAUCGUCGAGAUCGCCCAUUUCAACAUGAGCCGCAUUCGGCUCGUCUGGUCGCGGAUCUGGGCCGUUCUUGCCGAUUACUUCGUGACGGUGGGAUGCAUGCCGAACCUCUCAGUGGCCAUGUAUGCCAUCGACAGCCUGCGCCAGCUGGCGAUGAAGUUCCUGGAGCGCGAGGAGCUGAGCAACUACAACUUCCAGAACGAGUUCCUGAAGCCGUUUGUGGUGGUCAUGCGGCGGACAGCCAGCGUGGAGAUCCGGGAGUUGAUUAUUCGUUGCGUGUCGCAGAUGGUGUUUGCGCGCGUGGGGAAUGUGAAAUCCGGGUGGAAAAUCAUGUUCAUGGUGUUCACCACAGCAGCCACUGACGACAACAAGAACAUCGUCCUUCUCGCCUUCGAGACAAUCGAGAAAGUCGUGCGAGAAUACUUCCCCUACAUCACGGAAACCGAAACCACCACCUUCACAGACUGCGUCAACUGCCUCAUCGCCUUCACCAACUCGCGCUUCAAUAAAGACGUCUCCCUUAACGCUAUAGCGUUCCUGCGCUUCUGCGCGCUAAAACUCGCCGAGGGGGAUUUGGGGGCGACGGCACUGGAGAGGGAGAAAGGGCUGAGCCCCACUAAGGUGUCGCACCUCCCAGGGCAUCCGGAUGGGGAGGUGUUUACGGAUAAGGACGACCACCUGUACUUCUGGUUCCCACUCCUUGCUGGCCUGUCCGAGCUCACCUUCGACCCCCGGCCAGACAUCCGAAAGAGGUCCUCGUCGACAGGCCUCACCACCCUUCAACCCCACCCCUCCUCCUAUCCAUCCACACCAGGUCUGUCGGAGCUCACCUUUGAUCCGCGGCCAGACAUCCGAAAGAGCGCAUCUUUGACACUCUGCGCUUCCACGGCCACAUGUUCUCCGCCGUCCUCUGGGAGCGCGUCUUCGAGUCCGUCCUCUUCCCCAUCUUUGAUUACGCUCGCCGCGCAUCCGAACCCCAGCACGGCGAGCCCGGCUUGCCUCUCUGAGUUGACCUUUGAUCCCCGGCCGGACAUCCGAAAGAGCGCACUGGAGGUCCUCUUUGACACGCUGCACUUCCACGGCCACAUGUUCUCCUCGCCCCCUCUCUUCCUUGUCCCUUCCCUCCCCUGUAACCCCCAUCCCCAUCAGGUCUGCCUGUCGGAGCUCACCUUUGAUCCCCGGCCAGACAUCCGAAAGAGUGCAUUGGAGGUUCUCUUCGACACUCUCCACUUCCUCCCUGCCUUCUGCCCCCUAUCCACACCAGGUCUGUCGGAGCUCACCUUUGACCCGCGGCCAGACAUCCGCAAGAGCGCCUUAGAGGUCCUCUUCGACACUCCUCAAGAAAAGUCCCAUUCCCACUUCCACGCACCUAUCUCCCUGCCUCCGGUCCCCUACUCCCCCCGGGCCCCAUCCACACCAGGCCUGUCCGAGCUCACCUUUGAUCCCCGGCCAGACAUCCGAAAGAGUGCACUGGAGGUUCUCUUCGACACGCUGCGCUUCCACGGCCACAUGUUCUCCGCCGCCCUCUGGGAGCGCGUCUUCGAGUCCGUCCUCUUCCCCAUCUUUGACUACGUUCGCCGCGCCUCAGAACCCCAGCACGGCGAGACUGGUGGGAUGAUGCUCGGAGCCAAGAGAGGCGGCGGCGGCGGAGGAGGAGGAAGGGAGCGAGGAGGGAAAGCAGGGAAGGGAGAGGCGGGAGGGGUUGGCGGAGGAGGGAAAGGGGCAGAGGGGGCAGGAGCAGAUGGUGUGCCCAUUCACAAGCAUUCACACCACAAGGGGGCGCCGCUUUCCCGCCACCCGUCCACGUCAGAAGACGAGCGGCUCCGGGCAGCACGAAGCGGCAGUCCCGAUCCCGUAUCUGAGCUGGAAAUGGAUGCCUGGCUGUAUGAAACCUGCACUCUAGCGCUACAGCUAGUAGUGGAUCUCUUUGUGAAGUUUUACAGUAAAGUGAGUCCGCUUCUAGGGAAGAUUCUCGCGCUGCUGACGUCGUUCAUCCGCCGGCCACACCAGAGCCUAGCAGCGAUUGGCGUGGCGGCAUUUGUGCGGCUCAUGAGCAACGCAGGGGGACUGUUUUCCGAGGAGAAGUGGGAUGAGGUGCUGACAGCGCUUAAGGAAACGACUGGGACGACCCUCCCUGACCUGGCUGGGGUGGUUAAGGCUGCGGAUUUGGAGGAUGAGGAGGAGAGGGAGAUAGAGAGGCAGCAGCAGAUUAAGGAGGCCAGGAGGUUCGAUUUUACACGGGAUGAGGAUGAGGAGGAGAAGAAGCAGCAGCAUGACCAGCUGGCUGCUGCGGUUGCAGAGGCGGUUGGUGCUGCUGCAGGUGGUGGUGGUGGUGCGGAUGGUGGGGGGGAUGGGGAUGGAGGAGAGGAGGGGGGAGUGGAAGCGAAGAGGCCUAUGACUCUGGCAGAAGCGGUGGCAGAUGUGCGGUGCAAGAUAGCAGUGCAGCUGCUGCUGGUGCAGGUAAGCCUUCUGAUAGCAGUGCAGCUGCUGUUGGUCCAGGCAAUGACUGAGAUAUUCAGCAUGCACGGAGCGGCCCUCUCCGCCCCGCACACGCUCAUCCUCCUCGACUCGCUCCACCGAGUCGGCACGCACGCCCACGCCAUCAACUCAGACCGCCUGCUCCGCUCGCGCUUACAAGCCCUCCACCUGGCGACUCAGAUGCCCGAUCCGCCGCUGCUGAGGCUGGAGAGUGAGGCGCUGCACGCGUACCUCAGCCUGCUGCAGCGCCUGCCACGGGAGAAAGCUCAACUCGCUAAGGAAGUCGAUGUGGAGCUCCGACUCGUGAUCCUCUGUGAAGAGGUUCUCCGGGUGUAUGUGGGAACGUCUCAGGGCAAGCUCGCACUCAUGACCGAAGACCCAAGAGGAGCAGACGCCCUGCCCCUCCCUCCCAUUCCUCUUGCCGUACCUCUCGGCUCGGCUCGACGCCGGGAGCUGGUGGCUCGGGCGCCGCUGGUGGUGGCUACACUGCAGGCAGUUACCGCGUUGAAGGAUGCAGCGUUCAAGAAGCACCUGGCGAGGUUCUUCCCUUUGCUAGCGGAUUUGGUGAGCAGCGAGCAUGGAUCGCCGGAAAUUCAGGUUGCUUUGAGCAAUAUGUUCUCGUCAAGGAUUGGCCCUAUUGUAUUCUCUGUAGCUGAGUGA